AUGCAAGAAGAAAAAACAAAGAAAUCUUUAGAACGAGAAGAAAUAUUUAAAGAUACAAAUCAUAAUGAAAAAUGUAUAAACAUGAAAAGGGAAGAUUAUAAAACAAAUAAUAUGUAUGAAGAUACAGAUAUAAAUAAUGUAAGUAAUAAUACGUUUAAUGAAAUAUCCGGAAAAGAAAAAAAUCAGAAUAACAUUGAGUAUAAUGAAAAUGUUAAGUCUCAUAAUAAAACAUUAAAAUUAUCAAAUGAAAAGAAUAAUUUGUCAUCAAAAGAAAAAGAAAAUAUUUUACAUAACGGUAGCGGGGAAAUUAAUGAUUAUAAUAAAAUGAAGGAUAAAGAUAUUCCCGGAAAAGAUAAAAAUGGAAAGACGGACAUUGAUAAUGAUAAUAAUAAUAAUAAUAAUGAUAAAAUUAAAAGUAAUAACAUAUUAGAAAGCGAAAUUAACAAUAUUCAAAAAAACCGGACAGAUAAAAAAAAAAAGAAAAAUGAAGUAAAUGAUACUAUACCCUCAACUUCUGAAGGAGAGAACAAUAUUAAUAAAUUAAAUACAAAUAAAAAGGAUACCAUUAUAAAUAACAAGGAUGAGGAUAAAAAAAAACGUGAACCCGAAGAAAAAAAUAAUGAUACUUUUCAAAACGAGCAAUCGGUUUACGUGGAUGAGGUAAUUAAGGAAUACCCACGAAUAUUUGCCACCAGAUUACCAUUCGAAGCAAGCAAAAAAGAUUUGGAAAAAUAUUUUUCGAAAUUUGGAAAAAUUGUAGAUAUAUAUGUUUCAAGAAAUAUAUCAAAUAAUAAAAAUAAAGGUUUCGGUUUUGUUUCCUUUGAAAAACAAGAAUCGAUGAACAAGGUUCUAAAAGAGAAGUUACAUAUAAUUUGUGGGAAGGAAAUUGUAGUUGAUGUUGCCUCCAUGAGAGAUGAUAAAUAUAAACAUCUUUUUCAUAUGCCAUCUGAAAAUUAUUUAAUGAAAAAUGAAAAAAAGGAUAAACGAUUUAUGAAAAAUAGGAAUAAAACAAAUUUUUUAAAAUACCCUAUUUAUAAUAAUGUGAACAAUAUUUCUGAUAUAUCAAAAAUCGGAUAUCACAAUAUGAUGUAUCCAAAUGUAAAUAAUUUCCCCUCGACUAAUUAUCAGCCACUAGCAUAUCAGGAUUUCAAUAUGAAAGCUAGCUUUAGAAAUGUUUACUCACCCGUUUUAUAUAAUCCCUAUGUAAAACCAUUCAAUCCAACAUAUAAAAAUAGCACACCGGUGGUAACAAAUGAUUAUGUUUAUAAUUUAAUAAACUAUAAUAUUUGGAAUAACGUAGUACCUUACAAUAAUAAUCUUUAUAAUUCCAAAAAGAUAUCAUUGCCAAACUAUUAUUACAACAGACCAUAUCCCAAUCAAAGCAUAGCUAUGAAAAAUAAUAAUAACCGCCCGCACAAUUUAAAUAAAAAUGAAAAACCCCGAACGAAUUACACAUCUUUUACUCGGAAACUUCCUGGAGGAGAUGAAUGGAACAAAAGGGGCUACAAAUUAUUCGUCACUAAACUGAAUAGUGCAACUACUAUUGAGAAGCUAAGAAAUUAUUUUGAAAAGUUUGGAGAAAUUAUUGAUAUAUAUAUGCCAAAUGAUGUAUACACUAAUCGUCCGAGAGGUAUAGCUUUUGUAACCUUUUUGGAUAAUGAGAGCGUAAAAAAUAUUUUAUCAGAUGAACAUUCCAAACAUAUAAUUGAUGGAAAAGAAGUUGUACUAGAUUUAGCAGAUCCGGAAAAUAAAGGAAAAAAUAAAUGA